AUGAGGGAAGUGGUGAGAAGCCGGGCAAGGACACAGGUGGACUGCAUUCAUGACUUCCUCAAUAGCCUGACUGACAGAAAUGGGAAUUCGGGAAGCUGUGCAAAAUAUAUUGGGGCUAAAGGUUUCUGGAAAAAGGCCAUGGAUGGCCUCCUCGACACACAAAGACUUUCUAUGCUGGUGACUCAGCAGAUAGAGCAAAAGAAGUUCUCCCUCAAGCAUCAGAGGGAGACCCACUAAAGAGUCCACACAGGGGAGAGGCCCCUCUCUUGUGGCCUCUGCCCCCAGCAUUCCUGGGACUUCUCUGCCAUGACCAAGCACCAAAGGAUGCAAGGCACAGCCCCUUACUUCUGCCCUCUAUGCCAGGCUGGGUGCCCCAGCUUGGCCACUGUGCAAGCCCACAUUCAGAGCCAUCCACCAGGACAACUGCCACCUGGAUAGACCAUCCAAUCCACUUUCCUCAAUUCUUCCUCCAAAGCUCCCUCAUCUCAUUGUCCCGAUAUCACCACCACCUCCUGUUCCUCCUCUUCUCCAUCUCCUUCUCUAGCCGUCUGA